AUGCCGGCCUUCAAAGUGCUCCUUCCCGCUCUUUUCCUCGUCCCGACACUUGUCCUCGGGUGGCCAUAUUCCGCUCCGCGAAGCCCAGACAACACCGACAAAAUCACCUGCUUUCAGCAGGGCAGUGGAUUUGUCAACACCGCCCAGGCGAACGAUCUCGUCAACGAGUUCAAUCGCCUGAUCUGCCAGUCAAACCCCAAUGCAGCCAUCUCGCUGAACGGGCUCGAGGGCGUCGCCGUCCAUGACCCUUCCGGCACAAUCAUCUUUCAGAACACCUUGACCGAGGUGGCUACUCCGCCAGAUUGCGGAGAGGUCGUUGGGGAUUUCCAGAAGCUGUUGGCUGCAUGUUUCACGAGCCAGGGCAGCUAUGGUGGUGUGUUGAUCGAAACGGCCGGUGGCGGUGCGACGAGUUAUAUCAUCAAGUCGCCAUGA